AUGAAAAAACGAGGAAUCAAGGUCGUGGUGUGGCAUCGUUGCCUCGUGCCUUACUGUAAUGUGACCAGAGCCACAAGGUCAGAUCAAAAACGUCUGGAGGUCGGUGGGCUACAAUAUAAACCAAAAACUGUUUGGUGACAAAUUCGGUUGUUGUGAAAGAUUUUGACCGUUGCGGUAAAGAUUUAAAAACAAAUAAUAAAUUAUUAAAGUUUAUUGAAUAACAGCUCAAGCUCAAACUUGAGUUGAAACUAAUAUUGAAGCUUUGGCUUUGGCUUUGACUCAGACUCAAGCUCAAGGUGUAACUCAAACUUAAGGUUAAACUCGAGAGCAAGCUGAAUUUGAAACUCAACUUCAAUUUCGGUCUACGGCUAAAGUUCCAGUCACAGCUCUGUGGUGCUUAAAGACUAAGGCUAAGGCUGAGACCAAGGCCAAGGCCAAGGCCAAGGCCAAGGCCAAGGCUAAGGCCAAGACUAAGACUAAGGCUAAUGCUAAGGCUAAGGCUAAGGCUAAGGCUAAGACUAAGACUAAGACUAAGGCUAAGGCUAUAUUGAUAAAUUGCUACCACUGUAUUUAUACCUUUUUCGUUUAUUUAAUUACAUUUAGUAAGUAUAUUUUCUUCUUUUUGUAUUUUUUUCGUUGACAAACCACGUCAACGCCCAACAACAAUUUUUUGUUUUUGGCAACAAAAAAUGCGCAAAAACAAAAUGAAACACGACCCAUCAAUCGUUGGUUCCACGAUGAAAAAGAAGUGUUUUUUAUGGACCUACGAGGGUCGUCGCGUGACCGGAACCGUCUUCCGAACUUAUGGAAUCAUAAGGUCGACCGGUUGUAAUUGUCGGAUGACUAGUCGUUAACAGAAACCGUUUCUGGCGCUUUCGAAUUGGCUUCUUCGGUUUGAGAAAACAAGUGAAACUUGAGCAAAAAGUGAUGCAAAACAUACAUUUUUUAAUUACGUUGUUUCAAAAAGAAUGGCAGAUUUGAAAGUUGAUUUGUCUGCAAAAAAUGAUCAUACUUUCAGGGACAACUUAUAUAAUAAAGUUUAAAUCUGUUUAGCAUGUAUAUUUAAAUCUCUAGAGUUGGAUUAGGCGGAAAAAUAGGCUUAAGGUUAAAUAUUGUCUUAAAUAUAGGCUUAGUUCAAAGAGUAGUCUUUUGCCUAGACUGGUUAAGCUUAUGCUUAAGGUUGAUAGAUUUUUGUCUAGGUUAUGCCUUGCCUUUGCCUUUACCUUGUCUUGACUUAGGCUUUGCUCUGCUUGAGCCAGAGCUUAAACCUGAGCCAGAACCAGAGCCAGUAUCUAAGCCUGAGCUAGCCUUAGCCUUUGCUUUAGCUUUAGUCAAAAUAAAACUUAACUAG